UACGCAAUAUUAAUAACAUUAAUAUCCAAGCACUCGCUAACCGAAUCAGAAUAAUCACAAGGCUUAAUCAUCCUACACCUCGAAACACAGAAGAAUUAGCAAGAAAUUUCGAUGGCAAUAGCAAA